UGAAAACAGCUCCAUUAGAAUGCAAAAAUGAAACAGAAACAAAAAAUAGUCAACACCAAAUCAUCGAUUUACUUUAAAUCUGUGAUGGCAAUUUUAAUCAAUUCAAAGGACCAUUAUAGGAAUCCACGCUGUUUUUUGUGCGAAACCAAUACCAAUACCAACACAAAUACAAACAUAUAACCAAAUGUUUUUAAGCUCUACAGAAAACAAAAACUACCACGACUACAACUGUACUAAAUUACACUGAUGGAAAGUAUGUAUGUAUGUAUAUAUGCACAUGCACUCCAUAUGAGUUUUCUCCUAACAACACCAACAAGGAUGCGGACGCAUUUGUAAUGGACAAAAAAGGGAUGCUUUAAAAGAGUGUGUGGAAAAAAUGGGUAAUUGUAAAUGGGCUGUGAACAACAAACAGAAAAACGAGCCUUGUCUUUAAUUCAAUUACGAAUCGAAAGUUGGAAUUCAUGUGUAAAAGUGUACAUCUUCCAUUCUUUCUCUCCCCAAGGAAUUGCCUUAAAUUUUCAAUACGCCAAUGGCGAGGAGUAUUUGCAACAUAUUGACUUAUUGGAUUUGAAUUCCAACUCCAAUCCAAAUGAUGUGGCACGUAAUCUACUUCGAAGAGACCAUGACAAUAAAAGUCAACAACAAGGACAACAGCAAACACCCCCAUUAGGACGAAGCCAGCAGAAGCUUGAAAAAGAAGCAGAAGAGCAAACAUGUGGCACAUUAAGCAAACGUAAAACCUAUUCUAGAAGCAACUCAUCUUCAUCUGCAUCAGCCAAUGGCAAAGAGCCUAGCAAUGCCAAUACAGAUACUGUCAAUGGUGUCCUGCGGAAAGCCAUUGCUAAGCUGCAACGUAAACUGCAAGAGCCCACAAAGAAAAAAUUCUAUCUGCACACGCGACUCGACACGCACAUCCUGCCAUUGACUAAUGUGGCAUUCGAACGAAGCGGAGAACGUUGCCUAACCGGAAGCUAUGACAGAACGUGUCGCAUCAUCAACACGCACAAUGGAAAUGUCGAACAUGUGCUUGCCGAGCAUGAUAAUGUUGUCUUUUCGGUCGCCUUCAAUUUUCCUAAAUGCGAUCGUAUUGUCACCGGGUCCUUUGAUAACACUGCCAAAAUUUGGUGCCCUUCGUCAGGUCAAUGUCGCAGCACUUUAGUUGGCCAUACUGCCGAAAUAGUAGCAGCCGAAUUUCAACCUAUUAACAAUGAGUCGAUAUGCACAGCAUCGAUGGAUGGCACAGCUCGAUUAUUUCAUGUUGAAUCGACGCAGGAAAUCCAAACAUUAACACACCAUGGUGCAGAGGUGAUAAACUGUCGAUUUAGUAGAGAUGGCAACAUGUUGUUGACGGGAUCGUUCGAUAGAACUGCCGCAAUUUGGGAUAUAAGAAGCAAAAGUUUGGUAACUCAAUUACGUGGCCAUACAGCCGAACUUAGCAAUGCCAUUUGGAAUUUCUCCGGCGAUUUAAUAGCCACUGGUUCCUUGGAUAGCACUGCCCGGGUUUGGGAUAUAAGAAAGAGUAAUGAGCCACUUUUUAUCAUCACCGAACAUACCGAUGAAAUUUUGGAUGUAAAUUUCGAUUGUAGUGGACGUCGUUUGGCCACAGCCAGCAAUGAUUGUACAGCGCGGGUAUGGAGUUUAAAGGGAGAUCUGGAAAUGAUAUCGGUUAUGGUGGGCCACACCGAAGAAGUAUCAAAGGUCUGUUUCAGCCCGCCCGGUAGUCUGUUAAUGACCGCCUCGGCAGAUCACACAGCACGCUUGUGGCUAAUUGAAUCGGGACUGUGCUCACAAGUCCUAGCGGGACAUGAGGCUGAAGUCUUUUCAUGCGCCUUUAGUUAUACGGGAGAUAUAAUUCUGACAGCAUCCAAAGAUAAUAGCUGUCGUCUAUGGAGGUGAUAUGACUGGUACACGGUGGAUAUGAUAAGUGAUUGAGGAGUUUGGAGUUUGCAAUAACUUAUAGACCAUAUCUUACCGUUUCUUUUUGGUAUUAGAAAAAAAACUUUUGUUAUUUUCAACAUUUACUACAAACUCGAGCAUAUAUUUUUUUAAUCAUUUUUCAUCUCCUUUCACUUUUUUUUUUGUUUGUUUUUUGUUUUGUUUUUGUUAAAUUUACAAAUAGUUUUUUCUGGUUUUUUUAUUUUUCUUUUGUUUUUUAGCUUAGGUUGGAAAAAAGUGUAAAAUUAUUUUUCACCUUUAAUUAUUACUGUUUCUUUCUAUUUUCAGUUUUAUUUUUGUGUUUUUUUUUACUUCUUUUUAGGAAUAUAAGUUGUGGUUUUAUUUUCUUGUUUUUGUUUUUGUUUUUUUUUUUAUUUUUGUUUUCAAUAAGGCUUACAUUAAAAAUAGAAAUUUGAAAUUAAUUAUAAUAAUAAUAAAAAUUAUU